UUCUUGUGUAUGUAUGUAUUUUUAUUCCGCCCGCGCGCGCGGCCUCUACCACCCGCGGCCUCAGUAGCGGCUCUUGCGCGUCGUCGCCCGCGAGAUGACCGAGUCGGCGACGGAAAGCUCGGACAUGCGCGAGAGCUUGUCCGGCGACCCCGCGUCCGCCCGUUGGUUGUAGCCGUACGAGGCGCCGCUCCGCCGGACGACGCGGCCCCGGCCGCCGGACCGCCCGUAGCCCGAGGACUUCUUCUUCGCCGGCGACGCCGGCGGGCGGGGCAGCGCGCCGGGGUCGCCCUCGACGUAGUGGGGGUAGGCGUUGUGGAAGCCGACGAUGCCCCGCGUCAGCACGUAGACGUUGUCGAAGCCGCGGUGCACGAGCUGGUGCGCCGCGGCCGCCGCCAUGCGCUCGUCGUCGUCGUACAGGACGAUGAGCCGGCCCUCCCGGUUGCGGAACCGGUACAGGUCGGGCUGCGCGCGGUCCUGCAUCAGCAGCCGCUGCGGCAUGCUGCGCGCCUGCAGCACGUGGCACCGCGCGAAGGCCGCGGGGUCCCGCACGUCGAGCACGAGGUAGGGCCGCUCGUACUCUUCGUUAUCGUCCGCGGCGUAGGACGCGAUGACCGGCCCGCAGCCGCCGUCCAGCCCCAGGCCCAGCGUGUCGAGCCGCUCGUCGUCGACCUUCUCGUACUCCUCGAAGAGCUCCGCGAGGUCGUCGCGCGAGAUGCGCCGGAACGUCUCGUCGCGCCGCCGCAGGACCUGACUGUUCGUCAGGUAGCGCACGGACCGCGCCGUCGCGCCCGUGUCCAGCUUCGAGCCGACGUGCUGGAAGCGCCGGCGCUCCGGCACGCGCACCUCGAAGCCCUUCUUGAUGGGGUCGCUGCGGACGGACGAGGUCGAGGUGCGCAUCAUCUUCGACAUCGGCCUGGGCUGGCGCUCCUUGGCACGAUGCGAGAGGGCACGUAUGAUUAUCGAAUACGUGCGAACGAGGCUGCCCAAUUUAAGCCCCGGCCCCGGCCGGUGCCGGGCCGACCC